CGCAUGGCUACCUACAUAGGUACGGAGUAAGGUAGGAGGAAACCCCUUACCCUGUGAUCCUGCCACCUGUAUGGAAUAAGGCCUCGCGACGCCCAGGCCUUACUCGUAUCUUUCUGCUCAAGAAAUAGCUUCUCCAUUCGUCUUCCUAUGAAAUAUUUGAGCUUGAGGUUCAACGUCUCAGCUUUAAUUCGGCCAUCAGACAAUGGGCGUAUCACCCACGCCCUUCUCAACGCUCGCAGCAGAUCCGCGAGAUUCCCAUGUUAGUGUGCCCCCUUGGUGUUGUAGAAGUUGAUGUCUCUUUAUUGCGAUACCUUUCCGACAUCCACCUCACCUGGCCUGCGUCAAUAGCAUGACAGACCCUUAUAGCAAGGCUAGCCAUGCUCACCCCACAGGAGCCCAUGAAACUAGGGGAUGAUUUUGAAGUUGUUGGAGCUGUGGUAGAUCAAGAGAUAUUGGUAGGUAAGCAUGAAUUGUGGUGCAUCGUGUAAAAGCAUGCUAGCAGCGACGUAGAAAUCGGGAGCGUGACUCCCGCGGAUUCAUGCUCUCUCCUUCGGUCUACGCCAGUGUCCCUGAGAAAAGUUCACCAAGCGCAGCUGCCCAGAUAAAAGGAACCUCGCCACAUCACCAUGUGGCAGGCACCAUAUCAAUAUCCUUAUCCAGGCUACGCACCUAUCACUGCCAAUGGUCGAACAUAUUAUCCCUCGUAUGAUGCGUAUAGGGGCUUCCGAGACGACGGAACUAUUGAGAACGGCACUUCACCAUCUCAAGCAUGACUUCUCGCUCGAUGUGGAUCGAACGAGGCCCUGAUGGUCGUCCAUACUUCGUUCGAAGCAAGGAAAGAUUGCCAUCUACCCGUCAAUUGCUGGCCGAGGUUUUGUUUCCCCGAAGAGCGCGCUCACUGUUUGUCAGGCAAUCUCAUCAAAUCAACCUCUCGCCACGCUCUCUCGAACAGCCUGCGCCCCGAGACGAUCCUCCAGACACCGAAACACCCAAUCCUGCCCCUACACCCGGCCCGUCCAAUAUGCCUCCACCGUCACAAAGUCAGCCUCAACCUGUGAACAUGUAUUUGAUGCCAGCCCAGCAACAAGACAAUGAGCAUCCGCAACUACAGGGUCAACAUAGUAUGACAUUAACUCAGCAAAAUCCUCAGUUUCCUCCGCCGUUUGUUCCUCCCAUGCAAUUUCUACCUCCACACAUCCCGCCAACCUUUCCACUUCCUUCCCUACAACAGCCAGUGGUGUUUGGAGUGCCGCCAGCAACAUUUACUCCGCCCCAACCGGGGCUUCCAAACGGAAUACCAGGAGUGUUCAAUGGCCCUGGACUUCAUCCUAUGCCCGCUCAAAUGCCAGGGUUACGCCAGUCGCACACUCCGACUGUCCCCCAAUCCAGACCAGCCGAGUUGCGGUACAAAUGUGAGGUUUGUGGAAAGUUUAGAUCUACUAGAUACCAUUACGAGAACCCAAUCCCUCCGGGACGGCUUCCUGCAAGAACUAUUUGUCGCAAGUGUCGAGAAACCGCGACUGACACGGAAGAUGGCUCGAGCGACGGUCCACCUUCCAAUAGGCCUCCUCGGUCGCAUGGGCGUCGAACACCAAGAUCAAGAUCCCGUCAAACACCGGGAGUAAGCCUUCAAUCACGGAGAAGAGCUCGAUCUGUAGAACGGCUUCAAGCUUUUAGCCAGCGGCAUGACCGGUCUGUUGAUCCAUCUUCUUCGGAGUCUUCUCUAUCUUCUUCCUUGGAAGAGUGCUACAGGAGUAGACGUCGUCCACGCUCGAGUUCAAGACACACGGAACUUGUGCGACAUACCCAGCGAAUGCGGCUCUCUCCAGUAGGGCAACUCAUCCUUCGUGACUUCGACGAGGAUAAUAGUCGACCCAGAAGGAGACACCAAGAUGUGGGGGCAUAUGGUGGCAUAGACCGUCGCCGACAACAUACACGCACGGGAACAUCUAUUGGAGAACGGGAUCGCCAUGAACAAGCUUACAGACGCGGCGAUGGGCGUUGCGAUGACUUCCUGACCGAGGAACAUCGUCACAUCCAUCGUUCACGAUACCAGGAUAAUGCGCGACCUUACUCUCCUCAACACGGAAGGUCACGGUCUCAAGCACCACACCGGCCUGGCCUUGAUGGGGAGAUUGACGACCAUAAGAGAGAAUCAGGGGAAAUUCUCAGCCUGAGCGAGACGCAUCCACACCAGCGUCACCACGGAAGUCGAGGUUGUGGAGGAUCGUCAACAGCUACGUCUUCGCUUAGUUCCUCAGAGCUGCCUGAUACAGAUGGCCCACGUCGGCAAACCCGGUCAGGAAGAGAUGGACGCUUCAGGUCCAGGUCGAGACGCCUCGGCCACGAUGCAGAAUUGGCAGGUAUGAUGAGGCCAGGAGAUGAACUGACAUUGAUUGAGAGACAUCCACCAUACCCACCCGACGACUACGAGUGGUACGAUAAUGAAGGCAUGAGGGUCCGUGUGCGCGAGUAUUGACGGGCCAUGCAGCUUUAGCUGACAGCACCAUCACCAUGCAACAGGGUUCCUAGUGAGCAAGAUUGUCUCGCUGGGGUCAUCAUCGUGCCCAAAUAGUAUUGCUACUACCAAAAACGUCCAAGCUCGAGUGACCUCUAGUUGUCAUGGCUGUGUGGGCAUAGCAGCUUCAAGGCAAGGGUACUUUCGCAUUGCGCAUGCAAUGUUGUCUCCUCGGCUCGAAAGUAGCUAAUUGUGGAUCUACUGGCGUUGCAGGAGCAAGCAAAUGAAGAGGUCGGCACAGGAUGGAGCGUGACUAUACACCAGAAGCAUGUUUUACGUACAUGGCAAGGGUGCAGAGAAAGUCCCCAGACUUGGAGCACUCGUCCCAGCUCAGUGGAGAGAUAAAUGCUACUCCGAAAAAGGAAGAGGAAGGCUCACCAGGCCACGUGGAAUUGAUUGAGAUCUAGGUUCAGUCUCCCGGGCAGCAAGAUUGGCACUACGAGGGAGACGGUCAGUGCCAAUUGCAUGGUAGCUAGACACGAUGGUUUCAAUCUCUGGAUCAGGUGGCGUCAACAAGUGGUUUUGGAGAGAAACAGCUGAACAGGGUUCUCGCCAACAUUCGGCGUUAUGUGCAGGGGUUCGAAAAACCAGACAGGCAGCCACCUGGCCCGGUCCUAUAUAGUCAAAGCUCUAGAUCAGACCUACGAAUUGUCGUGUUGCUGCAGCGAGUUGGUCCAGGGGAACACAAACUCGGACAGUCGGGACUCAAUAAUUGCGUAGACUCGCUUGGGACAAAGCCAGAAAUGAUCACGAGCAGGGGUGGUGAAAGUGUUGAAACGCCAGCUGAGGCAGAGGUUGCCAGCGGCAAAGGGCAUCACACUAGCGAUGCAUGAUGCAGGCAGG